GGCUACCGGCCUAUCAUCCAGUCACCCGGGUACAAGGCGGCCAAGGGGGGCUAUGGGGCGGGGGCUGGAGCAGGGAGGCCCCCCCCAACCCGCUCUACGGCCACACCCAAGUGCCAGAGCCUGGGGGGUGGGGGCUAUGCCACUGGGACUGGGAAGCCCAGUGGGGGCGGCAGCGGGGGCGGCCAAGCCUACUCCCCAGGCCAGCCUCAGGGCCUCCUGGGGCCCCAGGCCUACAGCCAGGGCUUUGGAGCCAGCCAGGCCCAAGACCUGAGUAAGGGGCCCAGCUACACAGCGGGGCCUCCCCAGGCGCAGCCUGGCGGGCCCCCCCCGCAACCUCCCCCCAGCCUGAGCACCUGCCAAAGCUACUCGCCCGACCAGCUCCAGAGCCUUCCUUAUGGGGUGCAGGGCGAGGGCUACCCUGGGCCGGCCCCCCACUCCCAGGGCCUGCCCACGGCCAGCCCCUCUCUCAGUUAUAGCACUGGCCACUCCCCGGCCCUUUCUGGCCACGGUGGGGCCUGGGGCCACACGCCGGCCUCCUUAGGGGCGGGCGGUGGAGGGGAGGCCAGCCCUUCACACAUCAUCCGGCCCCUGCAGUCACCGCCGGCCGCGGGGGGCCGCCCCCCAGGAGUGGCCAGCCCCGGUGCCCCCGGGAAGUACCUGAGCUCCGUGCUGGCGUCUCCCACCUUCCUGGGCCCCCCCGGGGGUGGUGGUGGCUACCCCGGCGCGGGAGGAACCGGGGGCUACAAGGGCAAAGGAGACGGAGGGGAGCUGCUGGGGGGGCCGGGCAGCGGAGGGACAGGCCAGCGGACAGAGGACGAGGAGUUCCUCAUUCAGCACUUGCUGCAGGCCCCCAGCCCGCCCCGGGGCUCGGGCCCAGACGGGCUGGAGUGCGAGGAGCAGAGGGGAGGUGAGGGGCCCGGCGGUGCGGGUGGCCCCAAGGCCGCAGCCGCCUACGAGCUGGCCAAGGAGGAGCAACAGCGCUACCACCUGCAGAGCGUGAUCCGCACCAGCGCCAGCCUGGACGACGGCGCCACCCUGGAGCUGGGGCUGGGACGGCUCAAGGACAAGAAGAAGCCGGCCGGCGGCGAGCGGGGCGCAGGCACCCCCGAGGCCCUGGCCACCUCGGUGGUCCACUACGGGGCUGGGGCCAAGGACCUGGGGGCCUACUUACAGAAGACGCCACCCCCCACGGCCUCUGCCCCACCACCUCCCCCUCACCACAACCUGCUCCUGGAGGGGGGCCCCGAGCUCCCCCUGGUGUUGCCC